AUGGCGUCGAUUGGUGCAGUCAAAUUCUUGCUGUAUUUGGUUCUUUGCCUCGUCAACUAUCUACCUCUUUGUCAAGGGAAUUUGAUUGCAGGUAAGGAGAACUGGUAUGAACGGUACCCAUUUAUCAGAAAAGCAAGUUCAUUCUCAUCUUCACCAAGCAGCAUGAACAAUGGGUAUGAUUACAUAAUAGUGGGAGGUGGCACUGCAGGGUGUCCAUUGGGUGCAACCCUGUCUAAGAACAUGAAAGUUUUGGUGCUAGAAAGAGGAGGAGUCCCUUUCAACAACCCCAAUGUGUCCUUCUUAGGGAACUUUCACAUUACCUUGGCGGAUACUUCACCAACUUCAGCAUCCCAAUACUUCAUUUCAACCGAUGGAGUCCUCAAUGCAAGGGGAAGAGUUUUAGGUGGUGGCAGUUCCAUUAAUGCUGGCUUCUACACUAGAGCAAACCCAAGAUUUAUAAGGAAGGUGGGGUGGGAUCCGAAGCUGGUAAAUGAGUCAUAUCCUUGGGUUGAGAAGCAGAUUGUUCACCGUCCAAAGUUUUCAUCGUGGCAGAGAGCAGUUAGAGACGGCCUUCUAGAUGCUGGUGUCUCUCCCUUUAAUGGCUUCACAUAUGAUCACAAGUAUGGAACCAAAGUUGGUGGAACCAUCUUUGACAGAUUUGGCCGCCGCCACACUGCUGCUGAACUCCUUGCUUCUGGGAAUCCUGAUAAACUUACUGUUUUGAUCUAUGCCACUGUCCAAAAGAUUGUUUUUGACACAACAGGAAAAAGACCAAGAGCUACGGGGGUUAUUUUCAAGGAUGAAAAUGGGAAGCAGCAUGAGGCAGUUCUGGGAAAUGACAGGCAGAGUGAAGUGAUUGUGUCUAGCGGGGCAAUUGGAACUCCUCAAUUGCUAUUGCUCAGUGGAAUUGGCCCAAAAGAAGAACUUCAGAAAUUGAACAUCCCUGUGGUGCUUGACAACCAAUUUGUUGGGAAAGGCAUGGCUGAUAACCCCAUGAACACAAUUUUUGUUCCUUCUAAGAGACCAGUUCAGCAGUCACUCAUCGAAACUGUCGGUAUUACCAAUUUGGGUGUGUACAUUGAGACUAGUAGUGGGUUUGGGCAGUCCAGGGAUAGCAUUCACUGCCACCAUGGUAUCUUGUCAGCUGAGAUUGGGCAGCUCUCCACAAUUCCACCUAAGCAAAGAUCACAAGGAGCUGUUGAAGCUUAUGUGAAGAGCAAGAGAGACAUACCGGUAGAAGCAUUCAGGGGAGGCUUCAUCUUGUCAAAAGUUGCCAAUCCUUGGUCAACAGGUGAGCUCAGGUUGAUCAACACAAAAGUGGAGGACAACCCUGCUGUUACUUUCAACUACUUCAAUCACCCUUAUGAUCUUAAGCGCUGUGUGGAGGGAAUCCGGUUGGCUAUGAAGGUUGUGCAGUCACAGCACAUCACAAACUACACAUUGAGUGAUAGACAAACCACAGAGAAACUGCUUAACCUCAGUGUGAAGGCUAAUGUCAACCUCAUACCCAAACAUGCCAAUGACACAAAAUCACUACAGCAGUUUUGUAGAGAUUCUGUUAUCACUAUUUGGCACUACCAUGGUGGGUGUCAUGUGGGGAAGGUAGUUGAUUCUGAUUAUAAGGUUCUUGGUGUUGACAGACUCCGUGUGGUAGAUGGUUCAACCUUUACUGAGUCACCAGGAACCAAUCCUCAAGCUACUGUCAUGAUGAUGGGAAGGUACAUGGGACUGAAGAUUUUAAGGGAUAGGUUCGGGAAAUAG